UUUAUGAACCGUUAAUGGCACUUGACGGGUUCCCCAAAUUUUGUGAAUUUUCUCUAACAUUCAUAAGACAUGUUUUAGCAACAACUCAAAGCCAUAUACGUUAGCUGUAUGACUUAAGGGUUUUUGAAUUGGAAUUCUUGAAAAUCACAUCAAAAAAGACUUUUUCAUGCCGUAUCCACUAUCUAGUCAGUCAAGCAGUUGACUUUGGACUUUGAUUUUUUACUUAAAAAUGUCUUUGGACUGUUCAUGAAAAAUUACAAAAUUUGGGGACCCUGCCAUCAACAGUUCAAAAAAUAUUGUUAAAAAAACCAGAAGAACCAUAUGGCUUUAAACGAAAUUUUACGUUUGAUUGUAGACCUGUAAAUGCACUUCAUUUCUGUGAUAUCUUUAAAAUGAAUUUGCGGUAAAUUCCCCAGGUGACAUUUUCUGAAAAUUGAGAUGAUAACUCAGUAGACUGCAUAUCAACAUAUUCUAAAGAAAAAAUUCAGGUGUUUUGACUGAAAACCUGAUGGUCCAAUUACAGCAGGUUAAUGGAAGCAGCCAGCUAAAUGGAAGCAGCCAGCUUAACGGAAGCAGACAGCUUAAAGGAAGCAGUCAGCUUAAAGGAAGCAGUCAGCUUAAAGGAAGCAGUCAGCUUAAUGGAAGCAGUCAGCUUAAUGGAAGCACCAAGUUGGUGCAAAAAAGAAACGGAUUUGAGAACUAUGAAGCUUCUGUGAACGGCAACGGGGUUCAAGUUCCCAAUGGAGUUAAAAUGAACUUUGCUGUUGAUGGACAUUUAGAAUCCCAUGACCCAAUUGGAUUUGACAGAUUAAAAGAAUCUUCAGAUUACAUCUUGGCGAGAACAAACUUUAAACCUAGGAUUGCUAUCAUCUGCGGAUCAGGAUUAGGAGGAUUGGCGGAUUUGGUUGAAUCUGCGGAUAUAUUCAAGUAUUCAGAUAUUCCUCAUUUUCCUGUAUCCACCGUUGCCGGACAUGUCGGAAGGUUACUGGUUGGACUACUGGAUAAUGUUGAGGUGCUGGUCAUGCAAGGAAGGUUCCAUGCUUACGAGGGAUACAAACUCUGGCAGACUGCUUUGCCUGUGCGAGUGAUGAAACUGAUUGGUAUUGAAUAUCUUCUUGCUACAAAUGCUGCUGGAGGGAUAAAUACUAAGUUCCAGGUUGGAGAUGUAAUGCUGAUAAACGAUCAUAUAAAUCUACCAGGAUUCUGCUGUCAACACCCCCUCAGGGGUGCAAAUGAUGAGAGGUUUGGACCCCGAUUCUUCCCAACAAAUCAUGUCUAUUCUGACAAAGCUUUACAAAAAGCAAGACAGUUAGGAAGUGAUUACAGUAUGAAAGAAUGGAUGAGGGAGGGAGUGUACGCUAUGACCGGGGGACCUAAUUAUGAAACUGAUGCUGAGGUUCGAUUACUCCGUGUACUGGGUGUUGAUGCUGUUGGUAUGAGUACUAUUCCAGAAACCCUCGUAGCACACCAUUGUGGUAUUCAGGUUUUUGCCUGCAGUUUAAUUACAAAUAUAUGUGGCGAAGAAACUAAUCAUGAGGAGGUGAUGCAAAUGGCACAGAAAAGGGCUGGAGCCCUAAAACGGUUUAUUUCAAGAAUGGUGGUAGAAAUUCACGACGACAUUUUGGAACGUACCUCCAGCUCCUUUUAGGAAACCAGAAACUUCGAUCCAAUCAUUUUAAUUUAACAAAUGUUACAGAUUUUCAAAAAACGUGGAAUAGAAAUUAAAUUUUUUACACAAACUUAA